AUGUCGCUCGCUGAUAUUGUGGCGCAGGCGCUUCAGAUGAUUCUGCAGCGGGAAACCGUCGCUGAAGGCACUCAAGUGCUUCAGCAGAACGAGUCGCAGCCCGGAUUCUGCCCGACGCUGUUGCAGAUUGCAGCGACGCAGUAUGACGCAGCGCCUGGCAUUGCACAGGCAGCAGCCAUCCAGCUCAAGAACUGCAUCCGCAAGAACUGGGACGUGCAGGUCGAAACGGUCUCACUCAUCGCCGACGCCGACCGCGAGGUCAUCAAGACGUCGCUGCUCAACGCCGCCAUGGCCACUCCGUCGCGCGUUCAGGCGCAACUCGUCGAGGCCAUCGGCCUGGUCGCGUGGGUCGACUUUCCAGACAACUGGCCGCAGCUGCUGCCCGCCGUUGUGGAGCUGCUCAACCAGUCGGAGGACAUUGUCGUGCUCUCCAUGCUCAUCACGCUCGUCGACCGCUUGUGCGAGCACUACAAGUCGGAACUGGCAUGCCCAGAGCUCUCCCAAGAGUUCAAGUACGUGGUCGAUCACAUGGCCCAGCCGCUGCUCACACUGGCAACACGCAUCCACGUUGCCGCGACCAACUCGAUCGCUGCCGGCGCCUCCCGCGCAGCUCUCCUGCCAAUCAUUACGCUGCUGCGCGACAUUUCGCGUGUCUGGUAUGUGCUCAACUACCUCGAUCUGCCCGAGUACUUUGAAGAUCACAUGUCGGAAUGGAUGACUCUCUUCCGCGAUCAGCUUGCCUUCAACACUCAAGUGUACGGUUCCGACGAUGAGGAUGAAGCCAGCCCCUUGGAAGAACUGAAGGCUCAGAUUUUCACGAACGUCACACACUAUGUCAAGAACGGCGAAGAAUCCUUCACUCCCUUGGCGCCCACCUUUAUCACAGCAACUUGGGAAGUGCUCUCGACCCUGACCCCCGAGCUCAAGAACGACGAGCUUGUGAGCCAAGGCAUUGCCUUCUUCAAGAAUGUCGUCGGCGUGCCAAGCCUGACAGCCGAGUUCCAGCCAAUUCUCGCUCAAGUUUGCGAGCACAUCAUUAUCCCAUCGAUGCGUCUGCGUGAGCUUGAUAUUGAAAAGUUCCAGCAUGAGCCUUUGGAAUUCAUCCUUCACGAUUUCGAAGGAUCGGAUGCUGCUAGCCCACGCCGCUCGGCCAGUGAGCUGCUUCGCGUCGUCGUCACCGCGUAUGGCGAGACUGUGCACACGUACAUGAUGCAGUUCAUUUCGCAAAUGAUCAACAGCUAUGCCUCGAAUCCCGCGCAAAACUGGCUCAACAAGGACGCUGCUGUCUACGCUUACCUGUCCAUUUCGGUCCAAGGCUCUACCGUCGAUCAUGGUGCGACCAUUGUGAGCCCUCUGAGCGAUGUGCCCUCAUUCUUUGCACAGCAUGUCCUGCCCGACUUGACCACUGCUGGAGUGCAUCCUGUGCUUGUUGCGAACGCACUCAAGUUUGUUGUUAGCUUCCGCAAGCAGCUGGACAGCAUGGUUCGUGAAAUUGUUCCCACCAUUCUCGUCCUCAUCAAGAACGAAAGCGUUGUUGUUUACAGCUACGCCGCAGUGUGCUUUGAGCGCAUUCUCUUCUCUGGCGUUCUGCACCGCGAGGCUCUGCAACCCCAUCUUCAAUCUGCACUCCAGAACAUCUUUGAGAUGCUGGCGACAGAGUCGGGUAGCACGAGCGAGUUUUUGAUGCGAGCACUGAUGCGCGUCAUUCACAUUGCCAAGGACGAUCUUUUGAGCAGCAUGGUCAUCAUUGUCUCGCGCCUGGGCGAGAUGAUUGUGGCCAUUUCAAAGUCCGUCAACCGUCCGCUCUUUGCCCACUACCUCUUUGAGUCACUCGCGGCCGCCAUCCGCAACACUUGCGGUCCCGACCCAAACAACGUUCGCGCAUUUGCUGAUGUCGUCUUCCCUCCCUUCCGUGAAGUGUUGGGCAACUUUGUCGAAGACAUCAUCCCCUACGUGUUCCAGAUUCUGGCUCUUUUGCUGGACCUGCAUCCUCAGCCGAUCAGCGAUGCGUUCAUCGAGCUUCUUCCUGGCAUUGUUGCGCCGCCGCUGUGGGAGAACCAAGGCACGUUGCAUUGCAACAUUCCAGCUGUCAACCGCUGCCUGGUUGGCUUCAUUUCCAAGUGCCCCGACCGUGUUUCUGAGCAGAUUAUGCCAGUGCUCGGCGUCUUCCAGCGUUUGAUUGCUUCGAAAUCGUUCGAUACCGAGGGUUUCCGUUUGCUCUCUGCUGUGAUUGAGUUCCUCCCCACGUCUGUCUGGUUGCCCUCGCUGACUCAAAUCUACUCGCUGCUCUUUGAGCGCCUCAUGCGCAGCAAGACGGCUUCGUUUGUGCGAGAAUUUUUGGUGUUCAACUCGCUGCUCAUUGGGCUUCACGGCACCGAGACCUUUGUUUCGACCGUCUCUGCCAUCCAAGACAACUUGGUCGGCAUGGUUGUCACCAGCCUCUACAUUCCCGAGAGCAACAACGUCCAGGGACAGAUUGAACGCAAGACUGUCGCAUUUGGCCUGGCCAAGCUGUUGAGCGAGUUUGCACCUCUUGUGUCUGAACCCGAGUCCUGGGUUGCUGCCAUGAAGACGCUCCUGGAGCUGUAUGGCGCAGAUGCCGGCGUCAAUCGCAAUGAAAAGGCCCCUGAAGAAAUGGAGCUUGUCACAGAGUACCACGCUCAGUACUCCAAGCUGUCGUUCGCCUCGCUCGCCCAACGCGAUCCCUUGGCCCAACACGACGCAGGAGCCGUGAUCCGCUCCUUCCUUCAGUCUCGCGUCGACUUGCACCCCCACCGUGACUACGAAGAGAACCAUUACUCGCAGCGCUACGAAACAACCUACGUCGAGGUUUCGUUCAUCAAGCAAGCGUUCAGCAACCUGGUGAGCUUCCUCGAGCAUUACGGGUACUUUGUCGUGCUCGCUGGCUUCUUGGCGUACUUUGCCUUCCGCGCCGCCCAGCGCUUCAUGGCCGAACGCCAAGUCACGCAUGUCCAGCAAGUCAUUGAUGUUGACAAGUUUCACGAAGCGCGGAAGCGACAACAAGAACAACAUCAAGCAAUCACAGCUGCAAAACAGCUCGAACUGGCAAAGCGUCAAGAGGAAGUGAGGGCCAAGAAACUCGCUACAACAGCGUCAAGAGGAAGUGAGGGCCAAGAAACUCGCAGAAGAGGAAGCCAAACAACAAGUCGGCGAAGUCGACGGCUGCUGCUCGGCUUCCACAAGGCGGUGCCGCUCGAGGCUCAAGUCAGCUGCAGAAGAAGUGAAUGA